CAGAGUUUGUGUUGUUUUUGAUGACAUCUGCGACCACUUGUCUACAGAAGAAGUGAUGUCGGGUCCCAAUGUUGUCGAUAAGGCGAAGAUGGUCUUCCACUACGUGGCGAAGAUCGCCGCCCGUCCGCCCAAUAGCGCCGACACUCAGGACUCGAACCGAGAGAUGAAAGUGUGUUUCCGCCACUCGAAGCACUCCAUCAAAUGUGAUGCCAACGCGCCGUGUCUUGAGUGUGACAGCGGUCUUAAGCUGUAUUCCUACGAACAGUGUCGGCGCCAUCUCGACGUCGUUCGCUCGGAGAAGCGCUUCGAGAGCAUAGAAGUGGACCGAAGCGAGAAUAUGAUCGAAAAGCUGUCGGACAUCGACGACAACGGCCGAAAGGUGGCGCUCGUGUUGGACGCGAUUCUGGCCAAAGAGGAGGCGCUGUUGAAGGCGUUGGCCGACAGACAGCCUUUGGACGAAGCGAUCAACUGUUCGCUGAAAGAGAUCUCGAGGAAUGGUCUCAAGAGUCAGAAACGAGUGGAAGAGUUGUGCGAACGGCUGGACGCGUGUCACCGACUGCUCGAGACGAUUGGCGCCAACACUGCGCUCGUGGCGACCAAUCAGACGACCGGGAACGCCCACUUCACUCAACUCUGCGCCCAAAUGGAGGGCAUUGGGGGUCACGUGACGGACGCGACGGCCGCCGCCAAGGAUUGGCGCUCUGAUUGGACGGCGGCGCAGGAGAGCGCGCGCGAGCACCGGGAGGCGGCGUUGGCGGAGGCGCGCGACACGCGGACGGCAGUGACGGGCGUGGAGGCGGCGCUGGAGCGGCAGUUGGUUUCGUUGCGCGAAUCGGUGCGCGAGGAGUGCGAGAGCGCGCGCCGGCAUUUGGCGGACUGCGAGACGGCGUUGCGCGCGCAGGUGUUGGCGGCCAUCGGCGGCGUGCGCGAGGAGGUGCGCGCGGUGGGCGCCGCCUCCGCAGUGGUGGCCUCCGAGCUGAAGGAGUCGUUGCCCGAGAAGCUGAUGGACGUCUUCGGCGGUAUUCUUAUGCUUUCGGCCGACAGUUCGCGUCGAAUGGACGACACGUCUGAACACGUGAUCAACAGUUUGUAAAUAAAAGCUUUUUAUUCAAAACCUUUGAGUCGCUGAGAGCUCGAGCGCACGACUCGACCGCCGCUCGACACGACUCGAGUUUCUCCCGG